ACUCAGCUUAAUAGUGUUCAAAAGCUUAGUUGGGAGUCACCUUUUUGCCAGCCACUUGAGGCAAGGUGACCUAUCAGGUACACACACACACACACACACACACACACACACACACACACACAUGCAAUUGUAUACCUGACCAGGCUGUCUGCAGGCUGUAAUAACCAGCAGAGUGGAACCCUAACCUAGCUUUCUCCACCCUCACCUUCAAGCUCUGACACAGAACAAGACCAAACCCUCUCUCACUUUACGACUUUUGGUGCUUGAGUUUCAAGUUUACACAAAUAAGAGCUUCAUUAGCCAGCAGUGGUUGUAGCGAUGGUUGAGGGGAAACCAUAUCGAUACGGGCUGAUAGCGGCGGGGCUGUGUGUGUCGGCAGUAGGCCUCUUCAUCAUGACUCAGGAGCAACCGCACAUCUAUGUUGCAAUGUGCACUCUGGGCAUCACCAUGGUGUGUAUCGGGACAGCAUGGAGCCUCUGCCAGUGCUAUCCCAAGGUCAUUUUGGCUGAUGAGAUUCAGGAGAAAUGUCUUCAGGAUGUGGUGUGUACUGCAGCUGGAGCAAGGCUUGCUGAGGCUCUGCCAGGUUUCUGUGGCCAAAAGUCAAGUAGCAGCAGACUUCUUCCCGAAGCCCUAAAGAGCCAUAGCUGUCCUGCAUUGCACCUGGUCUGAGGGAGGGACAGCUUCAACAGAGGACUCCUCAAAAAACACUCUGCACGCAGGACAGUGAAGAGAUCCUCUGGUGCAUUUGUAUGACCUUUAACUUUUGAAUACAUUUUGUGUGUUUGUUUUGUGUUUUUACAGCUAAUAAAAGUUACUGGUUAUGUAUCAACUGUAUAA